AUGAACCGGUGCAUUUUGCUCGCUCUUUUACCACUUAUCACAGCUAUUCCAGUUGCAGUUAACAUUGAUGAUCAAGACGCAGUAAAUCUCGGAGCCUACGACCGAGCACGAUUUGACUUGGUCGAAUCAUUUCACCCACUUCAGCCAGCAUCCGCAGUAACAAAUGACCAAAUAGCCGAAGUCCGUGCCAAAGCAGCGGGAGUAAAACAAAACGAGGCAUUGAUUUCAAUCGACUUGCCAACACAAAUGCAAUCCGGAAAUCCAGCAAGAAUCCCAGAGAGAUUGGCGUUCGGAGAGUGGACUGAGUGGACUUCAUGGUCAGUCUGUCAGAAUGGAGAGAGAUCUAGAGUCCGUACUUGUGUCUCCAGAAGACCAGCUCUUCGUGUUGUCUGUCAUGGAGAUGCUAUUGAGAUCGAGAAGUGCUACGUUGACGCCGGAGAGGGACAUAUUCCAGUAGCCGCCGAUCCAUGGUCAAUCGAAAGAGAAAUCAGCGGAGAUUUUGCUUAA